AACGUAAACAAAUGACUGAGUGCAAUGUUAGGUUUUGGCGGAACUUUAAUUAAUUUCCCGCUUUUUCGUUAUUCAUUUCUGAAAAAGUUAUUAAGGGAAUCGUGCUUCUGUGUCUGCCUGUUAGUUGUUUUAAAAUAAAUUUAAAGUGUUAAACGUUUUAGGUUUUAAGUUAUAAUUUAUUUAAUUAAGUAAAGGACAAUACAUGUGCACCAUGGCGAAUACAUACAGUUUAAACAAUUUACCCAAAUAUGCUGCCGGAUCACAACCAUUUACCGUGUUGAUCGAAGGAAACAUUGGCAGCGGUAAGACGACUUUUCUCAAGUAUUUUGAGAAGUAUGAGAAGGAAAUUUGCCUUAUGACGGAACCUGUUGAAAAGUGGCGUAACGUAAAAGGGGUCAACUUAUUUGAAUUAAUGUAUAAAGAACCUUAUCGUUGGGCUAUGCCCUUCCAGUCAUAUGUAACAUUGACUAUGCUUAAGAAUCACACUGAACAGACCAGUAAGCGUAUUAAGCUAAUGGAGCGUUCAAUAUAUAGCGCUAGAUAUUGCUUUGUGGAGAAUAUGUACAAAAAUAAAACCAUUGACGAGGGCAUGUAUCAUGUAUUACAAGAAUGGUACGAAUACUUAGAUAAAUCUGUGCAUAUACAAGCCGAUUUAAUAGUGUAUUUAAGAACAUCGCCUGAAAUUGUUUAUGAACGCAUGAAAAAACGUGCGCGUUCGGAGGAAAGCUGUGUGCCACUCCAGUAUUUACAGGAACUGCACGAGCUGCACGAAAACUGGCUUAUACACAAAUAUCCAUUCACAAAUUCAAAGAUACUUAUCUUGGAUGCGAACUUGGAUUUGGAACAUAUUGGUACAGAGUAUAAACGUUCAGAAUAUAGUAUUAUAAAUGAGUCUCUUCGGGAACAGCCGCAAGCGGUUUUGGUUUCACCAAGUAAAAGGUGUAGGCUUUCCAGCUAAAAAUUCCAUAUUUUAUUUGUUUAUACAUCUAAUAAUUUACAUCACUUAUACAUAAUCUUACCGUUUCCAAUCAAUGAUUGUUAGUUUAAUUUACUUUUCUUACUAUAUUAGUUAAAUUAUGUUAAUAUGUCCCAUAUUUAAACUAAAAUUAUUUUAUUAUUGUUAAUAUUUAUAUCUCGCAAUAUAACAACCACAAGGAUUAUUUUAUAUGACAAAUUUAUUCAACUUAAUUGUUUAUAUGCAUUUAAACGAAACAAGUAAAGUUUUGUUU